CAAGAAUCCUGCCGGCGUCAACGUCAACGAUGUACGUCAGUGCGUGCAUGUGGGACGAACGAACGCGGACGAGCACAGCUCCGCUAACUGUCAUUCAUAUUCCGCGGGCUCCGCCGCACGCCUUCUUCAAGAAGCCCACCUGCUCGUAGGAGAGCGCCCUUCACACCCUCCAGGAGCGUUUCCACAAUGCCCAAUUUCGAGCCCGCCGCCAUCGUCCGCGGGGCCCAGCUCACGCUGGUCGGCGCAAAUCGCGCACUCCAGAACCCGGGCCUGUUUACUUCGAAGCACUAUCGCCAAGCUGCUUUGGCUGUUGUUGCGGGCCUUGCUAUUCGCCUCAUCAUCUCUAUUCCCACAAUCGCAGUGCGGAUUAUAAUAAUGAUUGCGAGCGCGUUCAUGGAUAUGGAGGGCGUCACUUGGGACAACGAUAUUAUCGAUGGCCUGCAUUUCUUGGAGAACUCUGUCCUGCAGGUCCCGUUCUUCCUCAUGUCCUUGAUGCGCUACGUCACGCCCACGCUGGAUGACAUGUUCAUGGACUCCCUCCAAUGGGUCGACCAGACGUACAUCCAGAAGCACAAGUCCGAAGACCCGCACACGCUGCGCGCCCUAUACUACCCGAACAUGCGCAUGUACUCGAAGCAGGGCGAUACAAGCGAGAAGAAGAAGCCAAUGGACGCCGUGAUCGCGUUCUUGAUGCGGUACGGUCGGAAAGCUGGUAUCUCUCUGGCUGUGUAUGCCUUGUCGUACCUACCGCACGUGGGUCGCUUUGUGCUUCCGGCUGCUAGUUUCUACACCUUUAACAAGGGUGCCGGGAUUGAGCCCGCGUUGGUCGUGUUCGGAAGCUCCAUCUUCCUGCCGAAGCGGUAUAUCGUGCGUUUCCUGCAAUCGUACUUUUCGUCCAGGAGCUUGAUGCGCGAACUUCUCGAACCCUACUUUGCCCGCAUCCACUACACGAAAGAACAGAAGAAAGCUUGGUUCCGCGACCGCGAAGGCGUGCUGUUCGGCUUCGGGGUCGGGUUCUUCGUCUUCCUCAAGAUCCCCCUGCUGGGCGUGCUCAUCUACGGCAUUGCCGAAGCAUCAACCGCGUACCUAGUGACCAAGAUCACGGAUCCUCCGCCGUCGCCCGAGCAGCCGCAGGCCAAGCAGUUCCCAGAGAGCCAGAUCCGGUGGGAGAACAAGCACACGUUCUUGUCGACGCCGCUCGCGAAUAUUGAUGCGCAUAAUGUCCAGACGGAGCCGCCGCAGCAGAACCCUAUGUUCGCGACAACAAUGGGCAGGGAGCCGAUCAGAUACGCCGCCAAGGUCGACCUAGACAAGGACGCGGCCUCGCAGCCUCAACUGCACAACCGCUGGCACCCAGACAUCCCCCUCACAAGCACGAUCAAAGACGGCGAAACAGUCAAGAUCGAAUGCGUCGACUGGACGGGCGGGCAGAUCAAGAACAACGACAGCGCCGACGACAUCAAGAACGUCGAUCUCACCAAGAUCCACUACCUGAGCGGGCCGUUCGAGGUCGAGGGCGCGGAGCCGGGUGACGUGCUAAAAGUUGAGAUUGUCGAUGUCCAGCCCCUGGAGCAGCAGCCAUGGGGGUUCACAGGCGUGUUUGCGCGCGAGAACGGAGGCGGGUUUUUGGACGAGCUGUAUCCGAAAGCCGCCAAAGCCAUCUGGGACUUCGAAGGCAUCUUCUGCAGCUCGCGGCACAUCCCCGGGGUGCGGUUCCCGGGGCUGAUCCACCCGGGGAUUCUGGGGUGCGCGCCGUCAGCCGAGAUCCUGGCCAAGUGGAACGAGCGCGAGGGCAAGCUGAUCCAGGCGAUGAAGGGGUGCGGGCGCGUGGUCGCGCAGCCGCCGCAGCCGGCGAACGUGCAUGCGGGCGCGGCGGGCGAGGAGCUUAAAGAGAAGGUUGGGCGUGAGGGCGCGCGCACUAUCCCUGGCCGGCCGGAGCAUGGCGGGAACUGCGAUAUCAAGAACUUGUCAAGGGGGAGCAAGGUCUUUUUGCCGGUGCAUGUUAAGGGCGCAGGGUUCAGUGUGGGCGAUUUGCAUUUCUCUCAGGGCGACGGCGAAAUCUCCUUCUGCGGCGCGAUCGAAAUGGCCGGCGUAAUAACGCUGAACCUCAGCGUCAUGAAGCGCGGCAUGCAGACGCUCAACAUGGUCUCGCCCAUCUACCAGCCGGGGCCCGUAGAGCCGCACUUCGGGCCCGGGCGCUACAUCUACUUCGAGGGCUUCAGCGUCGACGAGCACGGCGUCCAGCACUACAUGGAUGCGACGGUCGCGUAUCGCCAGACGAUCCUGCGCUGCAUCGAGUAUUUAAGGCGCUAUGGCUACAGCGAUUAUCAGGUCUAUUUGCUGCUGAGCUGCGCCCCCGUCCAGGGCCAUGUGGCUGGCAUGGUGGAUAUUCCGAAUGCGUGCACGACGUUGGGCCUGCCGAUGGAUAUUUUUGACUUUGAUGUCAGGCCGGAGUUGCCAGCGCAGAAGAGGGAUUUGGGAAACUGUGCUUUUGCGAGUGAGUAGUGCGUGAGAGGGAUGGUGGGUUGGCGGGAGAGGAUGCCAUGGGACGGAAUGAGUUGGACGUCGGGGUCAAGAGAGCGCUUCUCGCGUGGACUUCUCACUGGUGCUGGUGCCACGGAGAAUUACAAGCGUAAGACUGUGUAACGUCCUUCACCGUCAAGAGAGAUGCACCGUGUAUCGAGAUGACAUGACUAGUUCCUAUGAAAUACUCCUUGUCUAUCUGCAAGCACAUUUGAGUGCCCAUGGAGCUCGAAAGAAGGUGAGCGAGUAUUAUCAUCUUCCCCUGCUCUCACAGACUUUAUGGCGGUAGGUCCAACAAUUGG